UCACUUCCUUCACUCACAGCCGCCGACCUCUCAGUCUCUCAAAAAACAAGAACAAUGUUGGCGGCGGCGAACCCACCCAGGUGCCCCUUGUUCCUCACCCACUCGCUCCCACCCUCCUCUCCGUCGCCGUCUUUCAGAAUCCUCUGUUCCGCGACUUCGGCGGCGGCGGAGGAGAGGAGAGAGAUUCGGCUGGGGCUGCCGAGCAAAGGCCGGAUGGCGGCGGACACCCUGGAUCUCCUCAAGGACUGCCAAUUGUCCGUCAAGCAUGUCAACCCUCGACAAUACGUUGCCAAAAUCCCUGAGCUGUCGAACUUGGAAGUGUGGUUUCAAAGGCCCAAGGACAUUGUGAGGAAGCUGCUCUCUGGGGAUUUGGACCUCGGCAUUGCUGGUUUGGACACUGUCACUGAAUAUGCACAGGGGAGUGAAGAUCUUAUCAUUAUUCAUGAUGCUCUUGGGUUUGGGGAGUGCCACUUAUCCCUUGCAAUACCAAAAUAUGGGAUUUUUGAGAACAUUAAUUCACUAUCAGAGCUUGCACAAAUGCCGCAAUGGACUAGAGAGAAACCUCUGCGAGUUGCCACUGGCUUCACCUAUUUGGGUCCUAAAUUUGUGAAAGAAAAUGGACUGCAGCAUGUGAGUUUUUCAACAGCUGAUGGUGCACUUGAGGCAGCUCCUGCGAUGGGGAUAGCUGAUGCAAUUUUGGACCUUGUGAGUAGUGGGAUAACACUGAAAGAAAACAAUUUGAAGGAGAUCGAGGGAGGAGUUGUGUUGCGAAGUCAAGCAGUUCUUGUUGCAAGCAAGAGAUCCUUGCUCAAAAUGAAAAGUGCCCUUGAGACUACACAUGAGAUUCUCGAAAGAUUGGAGGCACAUCUGAAGGCAGAGGGUCAGUACACGGUGGUUGCAAAUAUGAGGGGAAAUAGUGCACAAGAAGUGGCUGAGCGAGUCUUGAGCCAGCCAUCAUUAGCUGGUUUGCAGGGACCCACUGUAAGUUCAGUUUAUUGCAAACGUGAUGGGCAAAUAACAGCAGAUUACUAUGCGAUCGUCAUAUGUGUACCAAAAAAGGCUCUCUACAAGUCUGUACAACAACUGAGAGCGAUUGGAGGCAGUGGGGUUCUAUAUUCCCCUUUGACUUACAUCUUUGAUGAAGAAACUCCAAGAUGGCGUGAACUCCUCUCAAAACUUGGCCUCUAAAUGUCUUUGCUGUACGUAUGCCCAUGGAGGCUUUGUAGCAUAUUGUAGGCAUAUCAAUGAGAAAGAUUUUGUUGAGCACAUCUUUGAUAUCUGAAAAUUGGUAAAGAGUGGAAAGGAUGCACUGCAUGAGGAUUUUACUUUUAUUGAAGGGAGACGAUUUUACUUUGAAAGUCGGAUCUUUGUACUCUACUAAAUGAGUGGAAACUGGACAUUGUAGUCAAGACUUUUGUAAGACGUAUUUUUUUUUAUUUUCUUCUGUAGCAGUUAAAUAGCUGAAUCUACACUGAAUUUGGUUAAAUUCUGUUGCCAAGAUCUUUGUAACGAAGAUCAAGAGCCCCAGUCGACUAAAUCUACCACAG